GGAAGCUGCUCUCUUCGCUGAAUUAAAUCAUCUGACGCGCGCGCUGUCUCCCCAUUCUCUGGUGGAAUAAUCCGCUCGAGCCGGUUGCCCGAGCAGCAGCAGCAGCAGCAGCAGCAGCAUCGGUGGCACUGAAGCAGGUUGUUUGAGGACUGAAUGUCGUACUGACUUCUGAGGGGACUCGCAGCCGUGACAGGGGACGAGGACAGAGAGGCUGUUAGGAUGGCUUCAAACUUCAACGAUAUAGUGAAGCAGGGCUACGUGAGGAUUCGGAGUAAGAAACUGGGGAUCUUCAGAAGAUGCUGGCUUGUAUUCAAGAAGGCGUCCAGUAAAGGACCACGGCGAUUAGAGAAAUAUCCAGAUGAAAAAGCCGCUUACUUCAGAAGCUUUCACAAGAUUACUGAGCUCCACAACAUUAAGAACGUUACUCGAAUGCCACGAGAGACCAAGAAACACGCAGUGGCAAUUAUUUUCUGCGAUGAGACGUCAAAGACAUUUGCCUGUGAGUCAGAGCUGGAGGCUGAGGAGUGGUGGAAGUUAUUGUGUUUGGAGUGUCUGGGCAGCAGACUUAAUGACAUCAGCCUGGGAGAACCGGACUUGUUAGCAGCAGGGGUGCAGAGGGAACAGAACGAAAGAUUUAAUAUUUACUUGAUGCCGACCCCAAACCUGGACAUCUACGGGGAGUGCACAAUGCAGAUCACCCACGAGAACAUCUACCUUUGGGAUAUCCAUAAUGCCAGAGUCAAGCUGGUCAUGUGGCCGCUCAACUCCCUGAGGAGAUACGGAAGAGACUCGACCUGGUUCACAUUUGAGUCCGGGAGGAUGUGUGAUACAGGGGAAGGUUUGUUCACCUUCCAGACCAGAGAAGGCGAGAUAAUCUAUCAGAGAGUUCACUCUGCCACGCUGUCCAUCGCCGAGCAACAUGAACGCAUGAUGAUGGAGAUGGAGAAGAGCUCACAGACUCUUUCAAACGAGAGCACAUUAACAAAGUCGAUAUCUCUCCCGCGAAGCGCUUACUGGCACCACAUCACGCGUCAGAACAGCGUGGGAGACAUCUGCAAUUACCAAGGUACGAGCUUGACUAUGACACUCAUUCCACGAGCGCAGACGUUUCAAAGCUUCCUUUCCGAGCAGACGGAGGAGGAACGGAACCAGGAGCAAGCAACAGCGGCCUCUAGCGGCUGCUAG